ACUUGUCGCCGCGGCCCCUCGAGCCCGGCCGUCGCCGCUACGGGCGCCCGGGCGGGCCCCAGAGUGAGCCCAUCAGGAAGUGGCUGCAGAGGCGCCGACAUGGGGCUGAAGCUGACCUGCCUGAAAGGCUUAAAAAUGUGCGUCAGCAGUAGCGGCAGCCACGACGAGGCCCCCGUGCUGAGCGACAAGCACCUGGACGUCCCCAACAUCAUCAUCACGCCGCCGACCCCCACGGGCGUGGCCCUGCCCAGGGACCCCCGGAGGGCAGUCUGGCUGGACGAGUCGGGGUCGUGCCCGGAGGAUGGAGACCUUGACCCUGAGGCCUGAGACGGCGGCGCAGGUCAGGGGUUUGCCUGCCCCGGCUCCUGCUCUGGCCGCCCCCCUCUCCGCGUGUCCAGGGCCCUGGGAUGCUCUGCUGAGGACGCUGGCUGGGAGGACGCAGCGAUUCCAGCGCUGGACCAGAGGCGUGGGGAGAGGAGUGAGCAGUCAGCCCCACCUGCUUCCAGAGCGACACUGCCUAGGCCCCGUGGGGUGGACCGGACCUCCGACGCCUCCGCGUUCUCGCCGACCCCGGGCAUGGUGACCGGUGCUGUCUGGGAGAGGCUCCCUUCUGGCCAGAUGGACUCCCAGCGCCCAGGGCCGUGCAGACGGGCACCCUGGAGGUGCACACACACACAAGGACUUCUUGCACAGGACUGGCUCCAUUUUUUACAAGUUGUCUUAAAGGCAUCAAAACUGUCCAGAAAGUGACUUAUAAGUUCUUUUUCACAUUGUAAAUAAA